CAGUGUGGAUUACUAGAACGCGGCCGAUUCCAGUGUGGAUUACUAGAACGCGGCCGAUUCGAUAAACGCGUCAGUCAAAACAGCUGUUUGUCUUUACCCUAACUUGAUGGUAAUAAAGCGCGACGCUACGUACCCAAAAAAUACCGCGAUUAUAUCGCGGUAUUAAAAUACCGACCCACCUCUACUUUUUGUUACUGACCUAACCUCUCUGCCUUCUCUGGAAUAAAACAAAUGUGCGGUCGUUCUAAACGAAGUGUUUACGUUUCGCAACUUAUUUUAUUAGAAAAGACCUCGUGUAUUCAAAUGUAAGUCCGGUCGGGCCGCCAGCAUGCCUCUGCAAAAUACUCAAGUAGAAGAAGCACUUUCUUCCAACGACGAAGUAAUAAAAGGAGUGCUAUCUCACAUCCUUAACCUCAACAUACAUCAAGAAAGCAAUGAUAAAACAAUAAUUAGCUCACUAAAUAAGCUUAUUUCUACCUCAAAAACUCGCUUACAAGGCUUGGAAAUCCUUCAUUUGAUCAUUCAUCAUUGCACCCCCAGUGUAAUAACUGAAAAUGCCUUGCACUGGUUGAGCCAUUGUAUAGUAAAACAUCCUGGGGAUGAUCUCGCUGAAGCCAAACUUGUCACGAUAGGCUUGAUAGUGAAAUAUGCUACUACUGACCAGGACUUCACCAAAAAGUUCAUCACAGACCAUAUAUCCAAGGUAUUAGAUAUGUGUAUCAGUGCCAAAUCAAAUCCAUAUGAGAUUGCCGCUGCACUUGAAACUCUAACUAUAUGCAUGAAGAACUACCCCGUCUGGUUUACACAGCAUAAAGGGAGAAUUGAGAAGUAUCUUGAGACCUUUUUGGAUUGUACAGAUAAAGACAUGUUAGUAAAAGCUGCUCAAUGUUGCCAUUACUUACAACAGGUGGGAAACGCAGGUAUAGAUGGUAUUACCCACAGGAUGAAUUUUUCAACUACAUUCACCAAAUUAUGUGUGACUGCUCACAAGUUACUUGAUGACUUCUUUGAAAAUGAAUCUGAAAUGGAGCACUAUAAUAUACCAGUUGAAGAGCAUUUUGAAUACCUGGAACUGCAUUUAGAUAGCCAGAAAGUAUUGCAAGUUACAGCAAAUCGCAUCACAAAUUGCUUGCAGUUUUUAAAGACAAUGUUGCUAGAGGGCUAUCCAGUAGCUAAAGAAAUAAAACCAUUAGAAUUACUGAAUCUAGUGAAAAGAGGAUGUGCAAUACAUAAAUGUGCUUCAGCGAAUCGAGAAAACUCAUUGGAUGAUUAUAUUUUUUCUGUAUUGCUCACUAAUAUACAAGUGAAGCUUCUGCAGUUAUUGAGAAUUUUUAUUUUCUGGGGUCAAAGUAACCUGUUUCCUUAUUCAUUUAUGGUGACAAAGGUACUUGUGGAUGCUUUCAAUAGAAACCAAAGCUGCAAUUGUUUCAAACAGAAUCAGGUAUAUCAAGAGACUGUAUUCAAAGUAUUGAAAUACUGGUUUCAAGUUUCAAAAUGCAGUGUAAAACCACAGCUCCAGGAACAAAUUAUAAUAGGAAUUAUAAGUGAAAUUGAACCAGCAAAAUCUACUAUUAGUCUGAGUAUAAACACUGAAAUCAAUCAAAUGAAAUCAAAAAAAGCUAGAAGGAAAGCUGUACUGGAAAGUGUAUUAGGAAAUAAUAAAAAGCACAAUGUUAUAACUCAGGGAGAAAGAGACAUUGGGACAAACUCUUGUAAUAUUGCCUUGGACUUGUUGACACAGAUUCUAGAGUCAUCUGUACUGAGUGUGAAACCAACUUUGGUUCAGGUAAGAUUAACCAUUACUUCUAUUUUUUUAUCGAGUUUAUUGUUUCCAAGUUAUUUUUCUUAUUUUAUACAACACACGACUUUCAUCGAGAUCCAAGCAGUGGGUUAAAUAAUCUAAGGCAAAGUGAAUUAUUUGUUUUUUAGGAACUAUUUUGCACUGUAGUGGGUACCUUACUUGAACUAAGUUCGGGCAAAGUGACAGACCCAUAUUCAGACAUAGGCUGUCAAAUAAAACUUUACAAAGUCUUAGUUGCAUUUUAUGAGCAAGAAUAUUUGAAAAUCUACCCACCACUGCAACUAACGAUGCAGGUACUAAACAAAGGCACCAGUAAUAAAAAUCGUCAUAUUGCUCUGAUUUGCGAAAGGGGUAUCAGUAUUUUGGAAAGAUUGUGCCAACCAAUUUCCCCAUCGUUGGAUGUAGAAACAAUUGAUACAGCUGCAACCUCAAGCAGAUUUGAGGCUGCUCCUGAACAGAAUUUGGAUGACGAAAAUGUUCAAAUAGAGAUAGAAAGUUUAGGCAGUGUAAGCAGUGCAAUUGAGGCUGUGCAUGUAGUGGACACAGAACCACCUGAAGGUAUAAAGGUUUUUGUUGAAGAACCAAAAACUGCCGUUUUCGAUGACGGUCAAAGUGUAGACAUUGAAGUUGCUAGUAUAGCUGGUCCUAUUGAAGAAACAUUCAAUGUCAUAACAAAUGAGUCAGACUUAAACGAGAGCCUUCCUCCUGAAGGUACUGAGAGACUGUCUGGUGUGGAAAUAGAAGAUUUGAGUGAAGAUGCAGAAAGUGAAUUAAAAACAGAUUCUCCUGCGGAAGAUGAAGCUAAGGUGAACAUUUUGGAUGUAACAGUAAUCAAAAUGAGCCUUUCACAAAAUGGAAUAGAUAAUGAACCAAUAUCCCCCAAUACAAAUGAUGUACAACAGAAUGGAAACACGACAGACACUGCUGAAGGUGACAUAGAAAUGAACAGAAAGCAUCAAUCGAACGACUGCGAGGUAGAAAAUGAUGAGAGCGAAACGCCUAAAAAGAAAAUGAAACUUGUUGAUAAAGCUGAUCUAAGUGUAAAACUAGAAGAUUUCCAGGAUGAGGUUUUAGAAGGUGAUGGCGGUUUUGUGGAUGAAGUACGUGAAUAUUAACCAUAGAUUUCAGCGUAAUUUGUUUUAUGUAAUACCUCUUUUUUCCAAUAAACUGACAAAGAACAAAAAAAGAAAUAUAAG